AGUUGAGGACAAAGAUGAACUAUCUUUAUUGAGGGCCCCUUUUCUUGUUGCAAAAGAAUGUGUGCCUCGAUCCUUUUUUAAGGCUCAUGUUUAAAUAUCCCACUAUUCUUCCUCUCCUCAUUACCCUGGUUCUUGCUUUUAUCUUCUUUACCAUGAGAAGUUGCACCGAAGGCCAGAUACUUGAGUCUCAGCAAAGUGAUAUAGCAAAGCUUAGAAUGAGCUCAUGCAGCACUAAGAGCUUGUUACAAAAGCUGGAAAACAUUGAUGAAAAUGGCCCUGCUUCUUGGCUACCAGUAUCAUGUGCUGCACCUGAAACUCCUACCGAGUCUAUGGAGUUUCUUGCAAGAUCAUGGAGCGUUUCAGCUAUGGAGCUCUCUAAAGCUCUUUCCAGUACUCAUGUGGCCAUCGAUAAUGUUGAGAAGGCUUCAUGUUUUUGUUCCGCUGAAGCUGAAGCUCAAGAUGCAAGCUCCACGACUUCAAAGGAAUCACUGCUUCAGCAGUUCCCAAGUGGUGGUAGCACUGGCAGCCCUCCGAUCUCGCCAAGAGACAGUGAAGAAAUGAAGGAAUUAUUUUUACUUCAUCAAGCACUCACUCCAGAAUUUCUUUCAAGUCAGCAGUUGCUAAAAAAUGGGCUAUACAAGAGCAUAUUAAAAGGGAGAACGAUGGGAAGAUGGCUGAAGGAUCAGAAAGAGAGGAAGAAGCAGGAAAUCAGAACCCAAAAUGCUCAUGUGCAUGCAGCUGUAUCUGUGGCAGGGGUUGCUGCUGCUGUUGCUGCACUAGCUGCUUCAAAUGCAAUGUCAGCAGAAGUGGCAGCAACCCAGCAGAAGACGCCUUCCAAACUGUCUUCAGCAGUGGCAUCAGCAGCAGCUUUAGUAGCAUCUCACUGCAUUGAGAUUGCAGAGGACAUGGGAGCUGAUCAUGACCAAAUCUUAACUGUUGUCAACUCUGCAAUUAAUGCAAGGACUAAUGGAGAUAUCAUGACCCUAACAGCUGGAGCAGCUACAGCCUUAAGAGGAGCAGCCACCCUAAGGGCAAGGAUGCAAAAGGGGCCUGGAACUACAGCCUUUGCUCUGGGGGAGGAAAAGGGCGAAGAAGACAAAGAAGCAAACAUCACAGCUGCACUGAAUUUUGUGACUAAAGGAGGAGAGCUUCUCAAGCGUACAAGGAAAGGAGCUCUCCAUUGGAAACGAGUUUCGUUUAACAUCAACUCAAAUUGGCAGGUGAUAGUUAAAAUGAAAAGUAAGCACAUGGGAGGAACAUUCACCAAAAAGAAAAAGUGUGUAGUCUCUGGAGUCUACACUGACAUCCUAGCAUGGCCUGGAAGGAAUAAGGCAGACUGGAGUGGGCGUAGAGCUUACUUUGCGAUAAAAACGGUUGAAAGAGUUAUAGAGUUUGAAUGCAGCAAGGCUGACAAACAGAUGUGGACGGAGGGGAUUCAGCAUAUGCUGAAUUGCCGUACCAGCCUAACAUAAAAUCCCCAACAAUUUCGGAUUGCUGCAAAACUAGAUUUUGACUUUGCAAAGCAAUUAACAUGGAAAUUGUAUCUCAGGCUUAGUUGACAUGUAUUGGGCGAAGGGCAACAAGAAUUGCACUAAUAACAACCGUUACUAUCAUAUAUGUACAUGGUAAAUUGAGGGGUUUCUGGUGAGAAAAGGAGUCUGCAAAAUUUUCAAGAAUCUUCCUAUGAAUUUAAUAAAGAAAUGUUGCAGUUGUCAUGGUCA